AUGGCGGUACGGGGUGUAGACCGGCCGCGGACGGUCGACGUCACCGCGCAGCUAAGGCGUGGCGGGGUGUGGACUCGGUGCCUGGAGACUUACCGGCCGCGGGCGGUCGACGUCACGGCGCAGCUAAGUGUGGGCGAGGUGUGGACGCCAAGUACGUGGGCACGGCGGCCUGGAGACUCCGACGAACGGCUGGGAGGCGAGCUCAAGGCUGGCGCGUCCACCCAUAUAAACUGCAGACGCCGCGGCGUGGCUGGCUUAGUGCGAGGCGGGACGACGGCGGCGCAGUACCGGUGGAUGAUACACACGAUGUCUCCGGCGGGGAAGGCGAUGUGGCUCCUGGCAGCCGUUGCAGCGUGCGUGCUCGGCUACUCGCAAGGCCAGCAGCCGGUUGUGGUGGACGACCUGUGCCUGGGCUGCAUCUGCGAGGCGGUGUCCAACUGCAACCGCACCGUCACGUGCACGGGAGACGUGUGCGGCCUGUUCCGCAUCACGUGGGCCUACUGGGCCGACUCGGGCAAGCCCGUGCUGGCCAACGACCACCCGGACAGCCCCGACGCUUACGUGCGGUGUGUGACCGACCCCUUCUGCGCUGCGACGGCCGUGCGAGGCUACAUGGCCAAGUUCGCUAAGGACUGCAACGGCGACGGCGCGGUGUCGUGCUUCGACUUCGCCGCGAUCCACCGCCUGGGCGGCUACGGCUGCAGCGGCGCGCUCGACUACAACUACCAGAACAGGUUCCUGCAGUGCCAGGCCCAGGUGGCGCAGCUGUCCAAUGGCAAGUGAGGGGGCGUGGCCUCCCGCCCGGGCCACGGCUCGGCGCUCCGGCAGCACACGUCGCAUCGCUGCGAGCGGAGAACACACAUGCGUGCGUCCGCAGUCAGCGCGGGAAGAACUCAGUGUGACGUGGACGGACCAUACAGCAUCGCAACCUACAUUCCUAUAGUUCAUUCCACAUAGCUUUGCAUUUUUGAAGACUUGAGAUAUGUUCCACGAUUAAGAUUUUAUUAUAUCUAUUUUAUUUAAAAUAAAUUUCACGUGGAGCAUAUAUUGCAAAUCAGAGGCUUUUGUUUUAAAUGUUCAACCAUGCUCGAAAUCAAUAAAUAAAUUAUUUUAUAGGCUUUAUUUUAUUUUUGUAAUUACUGUGAAUGAUAACCCCGAUUUUAUUCCAGCAUAAUUUCAUAUAACUGUUAACAAGAAGGGUGGUUAAGUUGUUGCUACAACAAAUAUGUCAUCGGUGUAAUUUAAAGCAUCAUUACUAUAUAUAUACAUAUAUAUACGCACACACACGCGCACACAUAUACAUAUAUAUAUACUAUUUCGCCUGGUAUUUUCUUGUGAAAAUGUGUUUGGUAUUCGACUAACACGAAUCAUGAAAAAUGCUUAAGUAAUCUUUAAACUCCAUAUAAACCCCUCAGCUAAAUUCCAAUAUUUAUACAAUGGCUUGGUUGCUUUGAAUCUUGGUAUGUAGUUAAACUUAAUAUUGCCACUGGCAUGUAUGGCUUUGAUGAAUCAGUAUGGUUUUAUAAAAUUCGUAACUUAAUUUUAGUAGACAUUCAUCGACAUUAUAAUUUUUGUUAAUAGCCUAUGUGGUAUGUAAUACAUAUUUCAAGUCUGAGCACCAAAAACAUAAAAAGGAAACCAUUGUGAGAGAUGACUUGCUGAAAACAGUUUUAAAUAUGCUAUCUACAUUUGAAUUUUUGAGUAGCUGUAGUAUUUUAAAAAUGGUUUAGUAAAGAUUUUUUCUUCAACCCGGGCUAUAGCUGAUAUUAAGCAUUAGUUAAUUUAAGGUGCUUUUAUAUUUUGACACAGAUUCUCGCAUUGUCCAACUGUCAUACCACAAAAUAAAAUGUCAAAAAAUUCCAAUAUCUUGAACAACUAAAUUUGCUUUUAAUUUUUGACAAUCUUUUAGUAGGUAUAAUCUUGAGUGCCUAAGAUAAAUAUUUUUUGCCAAUAAUUGAAUCAGUUAAGUUUUACUUAACUGCACCCGGACCGCUAACAGUCAUAUCAUUAUGCCCUGUUUGGUCUGACAGACGAUUAGUGAUCACACCUUCCUGCUGUUCCCAACCCCAAAGUCAUUCCUGUUUCACUCUGUGCAUCCUAGUCUUCGCAUCAACUUUUAUAUCAUCUGUUCCAAAACUGAACUUGGUGAUACAGACUGUCCAUACAGGAAUGUCCUAGUUUCAAUGGUAUAUUAUAAAAGUUUAAUUUAGGAUAUUUACAACAAAUAAAAUAUCAAACUGAAGGUAAACUAACAUAUUUUUUUUCUUACAAAUGUUCAAUAUGUGAACCUUUAGUUAUACGGCACACAUCCAACGUAAAGUCGAAUUCUUCUCACACUUUGGUUAACAAGUCCGGAGAAAUGGAAGCAGUAGCCUUUUGGAUUAUGUGUCUCAAAACUCUGGAAAAUCAUUGGGUAGCGGCGGAACGUAGACACGUUAUUUAGUAAAGCACGCAAGAUCUUUAGUAAAGCCCCAAAGGAAAAAAAAAUUG